GACCCGCGAAGAGGUUGUGAUCACAUCAAGGACGUCAUGGAAUUUAAAUCUGGUAAAACGGUUUUUCUUCGGUGACGAUAAACAAAGUUGCGUGAAUUACAGUGCCUUAUUUCGUCCAAGACCAAGGAAAUAAAACAUAUAUAAUUAAACAUAAAACUUAUAUAAUUUUAUGAGUUUUGACAUUUGACAAUAUUAUAAAAAUGAACGAAAUGAAUGAUCGAACGGUCGAAAUGUGGAAAAACUUAAUAGAGUCGGGGAAAUUGCGAGAAGCAUCCACGUUUAUUCAGAUGGGCACUUGCUGUGUGCAAAACAAGAACAAGUUCAAUGAGAAUAUUUGUAAAUUGCUGUUAUACUUAUGUCGCACAGCUGACAAGUGUCGAACAGCAGAGAAACCAAACAGUGAAACUGGAAAGGAUAUAGCUGAAUUAACUAAAUUGCUGUGCUCGUUACUAACUAAUGUACCUGAUGGCAACAAGUUUAUCAAAAUUUUAUUUAAAAUUAUUCAUUGUACAAUCUCUUUAAAUCUGUAUGAGGAUGCAGCGAAAAUCUGUUAUUACCUGCAGCCUGGCAAUUUGUACAGUCCUCAAGAUGAUACUAUGAAUCAGCUGACAAAAGUAUUAUCCUUGUGGUAUAUUUUUGCUAAUAAUGUCUAUUUUGCUCGCAACAAAUCUUUAAAUGCAGAAGAAUUCAAUGAUUUAAAAAGUAUUAUAAAAUAUGAAAUAAAAGUGACUCAAAUUAUAUGUAAAAAUUAUACAAAGCAGUUGAUUACUAGGAUAAGCACAUAUUUUGAUAAAAUGACAACAGUUGACAAAGAGAAUAAGUAUUUUGACAACUUUUGUAAACAUAUAUUAGAAUGUUUAAAAGAAACUCAGUUAUACUUAGCCAAGGAUGAGAAAUAUGUAAUAUAUGAUCGUAUACUUUGUAUUAUGAGUCAUGUAAUAUGUAGGACUAUUGACAAGAUGAAUAUCGGAUGUACAGUGAAAAUGUCUAAUGAAUUAUUUAAUUAUUUCAAUGUUCUUUUAACAGAAGAUGAAGAAUGUUAUGAGUGCUUUCAACAACUUCAAAAGUUCUGUACAACACUUUUAGUGCCAAUAGAGAAUCUUAUGAGCAACAGUGCCAAAAAUAUGCAAGAUAUUAUUUCUUGUCAAUCAGACAUUGCACGAAAAUAUGGUUACACAGGAGGCCUUAAAGGGAAUGCAUUUAUUAUUGCAGAAAUAAUUGAACCCAUGUUUAAAUAUUGGGAAAUGUGCAUAGAAAGUGAUGAACAUGUGCUAAAGCAAUUGCUCGAUACUGGCGUCUUGUUGGAAGUGAUGAACUUUAUUCUACAAAUAGAUGCAGAUGAAUUUUAUAAUAAAAAAGCAUCAAUUGAAUGCAAAUGGUGCCAAAACAAAAUGUGUAUAGUUAAGAGGGACUUGUAUAAUGCUAUAAUAAUGAAAUAUAAAUGUAUUAGUUUAUUAUGUAAAUAUCGUGUGAAAGAUAUGCCAAAAAAAGUAUGUGUUAUUGCUAGGGAAACGUUAAAGCAAAAUGUCAAGUGGAUUACUUGUGAAAUGAAAAAAUGCAAAUGUAAACGCUGGAUACAUUUGUGGACUAUCUGUCGUACUUUAAUCUAUAAUACAAGCAUAUUAUCCGAACAUGAUUAUGAAGAGAGUACAAGUUUAUACUCCUUCUUAUGUGCUUCCAUCUUUGAAUUUCAAAAACUUGAACCAAACUCUGAGGAUGUCAAAAAUAUCGUUCCUCUUGCAUUACAUAAAUUAAGCGUUAUGCAUUAUAAUAAUAAUAUGUACAGUGAAGCCAUGACUGCAUCUGCAUUGUAUGCCUUGUUAACUUAUGAAUCAAAUAUGAAAGCUUUUCUCAUAUGGACGAGCAUUAAAAAACGUGUUUCUGAGAAAUAUAAACAAUUAACUAUGCUGGACUGUCUGAAAAAUGAUAGGUGCAAGAUAAAGAGCGAUAUAAGUUUAUCAAUUGAUCUUUCCAAAUAUGAUCUUGUAAAGUUAUGUUUAUAUGAAGCAAAAAGUUUACUAGAAGGAAGAAUAUCAUUUACCGAUGGUGUGUCAGCAGUUGUAGAUAAAAUUAAAAACUUAAAGCCAAGUAUUUGUCAAUAUGCCCAUGUAAUACAAUUACUAGGACAUUAUUUAUUAAUUUUUGAAUAUGACAGCUCUAUUCUGAAAUAUCACGAGCAAGUUAUAUCUGCUUUGAAGCAGAACAAAUUGAACUCUGUAGCUCAUUUGUGCUUGGAAGCCAACUUUAACUUUUUUAUAUUUGUGGAGGAAUUGCAUGCGAUGAAUAAGCAGACUCAACUGGAAAUGGAAAAUACAAAAUUUGCUCUUUGUGCUCCCAAGAUUCCAGAACUUGUCGAAGUCAAAUCGCCAAAUAUAGUUCCUGCCUAUACUAUGAUAAAUGUAAAAAAAGCUUCCAGCCUUGUAUUAAAUUUACAAAAAUGUUUAAAGAUAUGGAAGCAACUAUUUGACUAUGAUAUUAAUGAGAUUGUCAAGAAUUGGGAACCGACUCUCGUACUUCGUAUAUUGAUAACAGCGGGUGAAUAUUCUCGACUAUAUCGUUACGAAGAUUGUGAAGCUGAAGCAUGGACCUUAGCGUAUAAAUUAGCGACAGAAAUCGAUGAUUAUUGUUCAAUUAUUUAUGUUACAGGUCGUUGUAUUUCAUUGAGACAUAUUAAUUAUGAUUGGAUUGCCAUUGCUAAGGAGUAUGCUGUAAAGCACAAAGAUUCCGAAGAUAAAAAUGUAACUGCCGCUAUUGCUAUGUUUUGGAUAAGCUUAGCAGAUCUCUAUUUCGAAUGUAGAAAGUGUGAUGAUGCUAAACAAUUACUUACUGAAGCUAGAAGUCUACCAGGAAUUACAUUCUUUGACAGUACAGCUGUGUAUUUACUAAUCUUAAAUGUUAUUAUAUGCAACAGCAGUUUAUAUAAUGAUAAUAUGCAACACGAGGAGUACGGUUCAUACAUUGUGAACGGUCUGCUUACAUCAAGAUACUUAAAUCAAGAUCUAUUGGUGAAAAAAUGCAAAAGUCAGGCGAAUUACCUUUUCAGUUACGAUGUGAUUUUCACUACGGCAGUUAAUUUAUCCAUGAGAGUGAAUAGUUUAUUAUCUUUUCGUGGAAUUAGCCCGGACUUGGUGCAACAUUUAAAAUCAGCACAAAGUUUAGGUGCGGUGCUGCGUGUCGCCGAACUUCUAAAGUCACUGUGUUACAUCGAUCUAUCACGUUCUCAAUUAAAUGAUUGUGAAGUGAAGCUGCAAGGUCUUGAGCACAUGCUGGCCAUCGAGACGUUUCAAUCGUCGAUGAAUGUUAAGACAGAGAAGCACACGUCGUCCGCCUUCCAUCUCGCUGUGACUCCCACGAAGAACGUGGACGAUCCUGUCAGAGAUAUACCUCAGCUCAGCGCUUCGCCGGUACUCGGCAGACAAAUCUUCGAUUUGCCGACAUUCACGCUGCACAAAAAUUGCGAUUGCUACAUGUGCCACAAUGUAUCGUAUCAAUAUUUGGUGUUUGUCACCACCUACAUCAGAGCGCAACUGUACACUUUGCAGAAUCAAGUCACGAUUGCGCUUGAUCACUUCUAUGGUGCUUUUGAAAUAAGACAAAAAUUGUUCAAGGAGGAGAAGUCUGCUCUGUUUGAAAACUGGCCUGAUGAUGAAAUGAGCGUGAAGCGAUUUUCUUGGCAAACACGAUUCUACAUCAUCGAUUAUGUGUAUCUGUUGAUCGAUUUUAAUUAUUUUUUAAAAACAAAUGUAAUCCCGAGACAACAUGAUGCGUUGGAUAUCGCCAAUUUAGCCAUCGAUUUAGGUCAUAAAUAUAAAUUAGAAGGACAUCCCGUCUACAUAUCGGCUAGAGAAUUACUGAUGGACAAUGAUUUUCAGCCAUUGGAAUCUUCAGGCUGUUCAAAGUUUAUAGUCCCACAGCCAUAUAACAUUGAUGUAAGCAGCUACGCGGAAGUUCUGACCAACUCGAACGUUUGUGUUACACCAUCCGUUCAAAAUCGCGCCAAGAAACCACUUUCGAUUCGACGUAAAAAGACUCCAAGAGCUUUGAAGAUAACUAAAAUCAAUAUGAUUUGGAGCGACGAUGAAGAUGACGAUAGCUUAUCCCCACCAUUGAUCACACGUUCAACUAGAAAAUUCAAGUUGCAAGAUACAAAGUUAACGAGAAAAAAUUUGGAAAAAGACUUAUCCGAUGACGUUAAUCCAACGAAAGAUUCUGCACUGAAAAAAACAAAAUCAAAACAUGAUCUAAAUGAAAACGAAGAUGGUACACAGAGAAAAUUGAUGAAAGAUAUUAUGAGUGAAAUAUCGCCUUUAGUUCCAGAUAUAUCGCAGAAGUUGAUGGUUUUGUUAGACAAAUCAGAUGAACCUGCUACAAUGGAAAAUAUUGAUAAAUUAAUAGAGAAAGUGGAAAAUCUCAAGAUUAACUCAACCACAACAUCAAGAAGGAAGACUUUUAACGAUAAGACUAAAUUAACAGCUGUUGAUUAUAAUAAAAAUGUAAAUAGAGCCAUAGAGUUACUAAAAAAUUUAGAGAUAAACAAAAAGACAGAUGAGAAUAUCCAUCUUUUUACGCCAACAAAAGUCGAUAAACAAAUACAAGAUCAGAAGACUCCACAGCAUGAAAAGAAAUUUUUUAAACUUGGGUUGUUGAAACAACAUUUAGAAAAUGAAAAAUUAAAUAAAAUGCUCAAUACAAGAACAACAAGAUCUAGCAUUAGAAAAACUAAAGAGAAAGGGCUGUAGAGAGAGGAAGAAUAAAGAAGCAUUGCUAU